GGUGGUGGGUACGGCGUACGCCGCAGCAAACAGGAGCUUGUUAUAGUGAGAGAAAGCUCAGAGGGAGCCUGCGUGUAGCAGGAGGGAAGAGUCUAUGCGUGUUGCCAGAUCAGGAAAGGCAGAGAGGACAGAGGCUACGGGGAGAAGGAGAGAGCAGAGUGUUUGAGCGCUUGAGGGGACGAGAGAGAGGUGAGGCAGCCGGGGGAGCGAGCGGGGAGCAUCGUCGAGCCGGCUCUGCUGCAUUGUGGAUGUAAACUUUAUCACCAGCGGGAUCGGUGGGUAGCAGCUGCAGAGCAGGAGGAGAGUGCUGGUGGAUUACCAUGCGUGUCCUCUGAAUGAACCAGGAUGCUGCAUCUCCAUCAGGGGAAAAGCUGGCUGUGGCUCGCCUGCAGAGGGAAGUCGCACGGAGCAAGAGCGAAGGAACAAUGCGAGAAAAGUUGAUCCACGAGCUAGAGGAAGAGCGACGCCUGCGACUGGAGAGCGAGAAGCGUCUCCGGGAGGUGACCGAGGAGUCCGAGCUGGGACGAGCGCAGAUGGUUUCGCUGCAGCAGCAGUUCUCCAGGAUGGAAGAGACGGUGCGGUCGCUGCUGCAGAACCAGGGCGUCCUGGAGCAAACCGCUGUGGACACAGUGGACAUCAUGAAGGCCUACAAGGAUAAGCUGUCUGAGGAAGUGCAGAAGCUGCAGGACGGCCCGGUAGAGAACGGCUCCCCGCCGGCCGCCGGAGGACAGCCGGACGCGACGCCGGACCCCGAGCUCGAUGCCAGCCUCGCGGAGGAGGACAAAGACAAAACCAAGCUCCUCCUGGAGCGCCUCAAGGCCCUGGAGGAUCAAAACUCCGUCUUGGCCUCUGAGAACGAGAACCAGAGGGAGCAGUACGAACGUUGUCUGGAUGAGGUUGCCAAUCAAGUUGUGCAGGCUCUUCUCACGCAGAAGGAUCUGAGGGAGGAAUGUCUGAAGCUGCGAACGAGGGUUUUUGACCUGGAGCAGCAGAAUCGGGCGCUGAGUAUCGUGUUCCAACAAAGGAUCAAGCCCGCGUCGGACAUGCUUCUCCAGAAACUCCACUCGCGGAUCAUGGAUCUGUCUGCGGCAGAUUUGCUCCUGGAGCCAGAGAGAAGCAAGGCUUUCCUCCUUUCCAGGAAUACAGACUCUCCCUCCAAUGAGAUUCAGCUGAAUGGAAAGCCGGGUCUCCUCGCGGCCAAGUGUUUGAGCCAGCUGAGUCUGACGGUCCCUGCUCCCGUCUACCCACGCAGCAGCUGCAGCAGCAGCGAGCUGUCCCUGUCCAGUGCAUGCAGCGAGUUCUCCAGCGGCUCCUACACCUGGAAUGAUGGGCGCUCCUGCGGGAAAAUGUCAUCUCUGACACGGGAGAAGAGGCUGAGUUUGGGUUCGUCGGCCCCGAGUAACAUCUGCGCCCCCCCUGAGGAGCAGCCGCCCACCAGGCGCAAGGAGAGCCACAUCCUGGAGGGUCUGAGAAAGCUCCAGAGGAGGAAACACCGGAGCUCUUCCUGCUCAUCCAAGGCCUCCAAGUCCGGCUACAAAGACUGCAUGAACUCCAACGAGGGGAUCUACUCGCUGGGCAUCAAGAGUAGCAGCAAAGGCGUGUCCAAGCCUACUGUCGUUGGCAGAGCUUCGGCUGCUCGCGGACGGAAGUUCUCGUAUGAAUCCGACGACGCUGACGAUGAGUUGGCCCAAUAUAAAUCUAGAGAUAACAUCCCCACCAAGGACAGCUGGUUAAACUGCAAGAGGCUCUCUCACAGCAUCUCGGACAGUUUGUGUAGCUGGGAGGGGAAUCAGGACGGUGGAGCUGACCCUAUCGCUGCAAAACCCUGUCCUGGCUACGACUCAAAAGAGCGUCCAGAGAGGCUUAUGAGUUUCAUUGACAGUUUUCUCCCUGAUAGAGGGCGGAAAUCAGCUUUUAGGAAGCCAUCCACGCAACACUUCAAGCCCCCGGACCCUCAGGGUCCUAAUCACCUCUCUGAUGUGGAAAAUCCACAAGAACUCAACUCUGAAUCCAGCGAUCUGCAAAUGUCCUCCAGCCAGUCAGCAGAGCAAGCAGAGAGGGACUUUAAGAGGCUGUCAAGGGACGCCGCCAAGCUCCUCAAGCAGCAGUACUUGCAGAGAGACCACGGACGCACCCAGUCUGCAGACGGGAGGCACCGGCCCUUCAGCCUCGUCAAGGAGCCCAAAGGAACCCAGUGCACCCAGUCCGAGGAGAGCGUGGUGGCUAUUUUUGAUGGAGCAAAAGAGCCCGUUGAACUUCGUGCUGAGAGACUUGUAGCAGGUACGGCUGCAGUUUCUGGUAGCAAAGCAGCUGAUAAUUACAGCCAAGUGGUGCCCCGAGAGAGGCCGACACGGCAGAAAUCUGCAGUUGCGAGGAACUACAGCGUCCUGGAGUCCCCGGAAAAGCCUUCGGAGUAUCAGCCGAGGCCCAGCGUAGCGAGCCGCAGCAGGGAGGGAAGUGCAGAGAGACUGUCCAUGCAGUUGACUCCACAGAGGAAACUCAUCAAACCGCCAAGUAGCCGAGCUAAUAAAGGCCAUUCCGUCCCUCCCAUGAAUGAUGCUAACGGCCCCAAGUCCAGUAGUUCAAAGAUCCCCGGUCGUAACAAACCUUCAGCGUCUCCACUGAGGCUGUCUAAGGGCUCCACCACUGAACCGAGCAACGCUGGAAACUCAGGAGUCCCCCUGCUGGACAAAUCCCCCUGUUCCCCCACCGUUAAAAUGUCCCGGUUCAUCAAGGCGCAGGGGGCGUGCUUGCAGAGCCCCAAGGCUGCAAACUCCAAGCUUCCCAACAGGGCCGAAGGGAAGGGCCCAACGCCCGGGUCCCCUCGCCCCGUCAGGAGGCACCUGGAGUACGGCGACAGCAAUGAGCAGCCAACCAGAGACAAACACUGUGAAACCAGCAAAAGUAAACUCAGGUCUCCUUCUCCUCCCCCUCCUCCAGGCCGCACCACCUCCUUACUGAUCAGACCAAAUUACGAAGGGUCACCUCAAGCACAUAAAACAGGGGUGGCCCAGCCGUCCACCCCGACCACUGUGAGGGGCCCUCCCCCGAGUUACCACACCUCAGUAGCACCAAAUAUGCAAAUGACAUUACCCAUCAAGGAUAAAGACUGUUUAGACUUGGACGCAGGCUACGGGACUGCACUUGCACCUCAGAAACUGGUGGACAAAGCCGGUCAGCACCUUCAAAAGUCCUCUGCCAUGAUUCAGACACCUACUAAAAGCACUUCCAAGCAAAUGAAAGACUACCUCCCUUCUUCAAACUCAGGGUGUCCCCGAGAACCUGAAAAUGCACCUAAAAGCUCAAAGAAUGUCCCUCCUCCGUACAGCGCCCUCCGGGGGUCCUCCAUACAGAACUCAUUUGCAAAUAAGAAAGGACCCACAAGUGAAAACGGCCAUCACUCAGUGCAGAAAGGUUCGAUUAGUUUACCCGCAGCUCUUCAGGAGUCCUCUCAGUGCCAGGCUGAGCUGCAGAGCGGCAAGGCUGCCGUCAGCCCUCCCAGCUCCGCCGUCAUGUCGCCUAACCCAGUGGAAAAAGCCUCAAAGACUCGCAUCCCAAUGGGGUUCAAAGCUUUUCUCAAAUCCCCCCCCAGCCAUAAAAGUACCCCCACCGUACCGGGCAAACAGGAAAAAGAUCACAUCAACUCCGUCUCCAAGGAGACCGUGACUUCAAAUGCUUCCACUCAGUGUGACAGCCUGCAGCCGGCGUACAGUAUCGAUCCACCACCCAAGACGUCUAUUACAGAAGGGAAAGGUGAAGUCCAGUGUGGGCUGCAGGAAGAGGAAUUACACGCCCCCGCGUUGCCAGAGGACGGGGCUGCCUGUGACAAGGGGAAAAGAAGCAGUCAGCUCUUUGGUAGGUCCAUAUCUGUCACCAACAAAAGUCACCUCAAACCGGCUCUGGGGAUGAACGGGGCCAAAGCUCGGAGCCAGAGCUUCAGCUCCAACUACGCCGAGAAACCGAGCGCCAACGCGCUCGAAGGGCCGGGUAGAAUCAGGACUCAGAUCAUCACCAACUCGUGCGAAAGAGGGAACUCUUUGUCUCGACAGAGUUCUUCAGACACGCCCGGGGUUAAGCCGGCCGAGAGCCCCGUCCACUCCCCCCGGACCCGGCUCAGCCACUACGGAGGCAUGACGGCGUCGUAUAUCCCUGAGAAAACCUCCCAAUCCCCCCCCAAAGGAGAGGGGUCGCAGGCCGGAGGGAAAGGGGAAGGAGCAACCUCCCCUUCUCAGAAAGAGGUGUGCAGCGUUCCCAUCCGAAAGCCCACAAAAGGCGGCUCCCAUCCACCGUUCCAGCCUCCUUCCUCUGGCGCUGCUAACUCGGGAAGCUCCACCAGAGAGGCGGACGGUGUAGACACCACCCCCAACGAGCCGCUCAAAACCCCGGUGGACUCCCCGAAUAAACUCCCCGACGCAGAGGAGAAGAAAACCAGCCUGAGCGUGCGCACUAUUGAAGAAAAAGUCAUGAUGGGAAUAGAAGAAAACUUGCAGAAGUGUCAAGAGCAGGAGAAAGUGGCGGCCAGCGAGGCCAAGCAGAAGACAGGCCCCUCGCUGGCCAACUGGUUCGGCCUCCGGAAGAGCAAACUUCCCGCUCUGAGCGGCAAGAAGGCGGAUUCCCCCAAGGGGAAGGAGGAGAAGAAGGAGAUGAAGAUCGGCUCGGUGCUCGGAGGCAAACAGGUGAAGUCUGACAAGAAAAAAGAGAAGAAGAAGGAGAGUCAGGAGGUGCAGAACCUGUCUGAGAUGAACAACAAGCUGAGCUCCAUCAUGGACCACUGCAACAACCAGAUGGGUCAGAUCGCCAGUCAGAUCCAGUGCACGACGGCGUUAAUCGGGAAGGAUCAGUUCGUGAAAGAGCUUCUUGGCAGGGCCGCUGUGAAGGGCAGCUCUGUGGCCGCGUCGCCGCCCACCAUCUCCUCGCCCAAGAAGCACGGCGAGACGAAGGGGGACGUGCAGAUCUGCCCGGACGCCGCCACCCUCAAGCUGACUGAGAAGAUGAGCCUGAAAGCCAAAAGCGAGGAGGGAAACAUCGCAGACCCGGCCUGUCAAGACCACAUGAUAGGUUCCAGCUGUCAGAUGAGAACCCUGGACAGCGGCAUCGGCACCUUCCCCCUCCCCGACUCCGUCUCGCGGGCCAGCGGUCGCCACAUCCCCAAAUCUGAAUCCAGCCCCGGUGCGGUGACCGCCGGCUGCUCCGAGGGGGCUCCCUGUCCACGCCCCGACCCCUCGCAGCCCACUGUGAAAGUGCCUUCCCUCCCCAAACCCCGCCUGCACGCCCCCGCCGCCGGCCUGGGCCACUCCCGGUCCGACCCCGCCGUGACCUCUGGCAGAAGCCCCCAGGACUCCCAGAGCCGCCUGCCCCAACGGGCUUCCUCAGAUGCAAUCAGGACAAAGAGGUUGAGCUUUGGUGCCCAGCGCAGCAGCACGUCAGGUUCCACCGAGGACAGAGACAGAGAGGCAGAGAGGAAGCUGAAGUCCACGGAGCUGGAUACAACUAGUGAAAGGGCCUUGCGUGUCUGCACGUACCCGGGCAGCAGCAGCGACACCGAGACCGAACCCGACGGAACCGGCAGCACUUCGGCCUCGCCACGGAGAACCAAGAGAACCGACUCCGCGGAGCAGAAUGAUGACACCCUGACGAGAAGAAGCGUGGAGAAGUCCUUGUCCAUCAUGGACUUCUACCAGCAGGACGUGGAUUUCCGGAGGAUUUCCCAGUACAACCUGCUGCACAAAGAGGCGUCCCUGGACGGCAGGGCGGGAGACAGGCUCAGCACGGAGAUUCCCCUGGAGAAGAUUCCCGUCAGUCCCGGCCAGCCGGCCUCCCUGGACAUGUCUCUGGAGUCCCUGAACCAGCUGAAUCAGGGCAGCCUGUGUCCGGACAAGAGCUUGAGUGGGCACCGAGGCCGCGAGUCCGACCGAGGGAGGAGCGAGGACAACUGCUGCAAGCUGGAAGAGCCCUCGUCCUCCUCCGGGUUCGUUAGCAGGCCCGGGGCCGACCCCGCCGGCUCCCUCAGCGACUCACUCUACGACAGUUUCUCCUCCUGCACCAGUCAGGGCUCCAACGACGUCUGACAAAACAUGAGGCUCAACCUCACGUUUUUCUGACGCUUCGGACUUCUUGAGUUCCUGGCUGUUCUCAUUUUUUUUGGGUUGGAUGUCGAAGGGUUCAGUUGACCCACAAGGGGAAUUUUUGGGAAGAUUCGCAUUUCUCCGACCAUAACAAACCUUAGAUAAAUUUAAUAUCUUGGAAAUUUCAUCAGGAGGUAUCCUCUAAACAUGACUGCAGUAAACACCAAGCCGCCUAAUCCUAAACGAGCAAAUCUGGUGCUUAAACCUAAUGAAGUCCCUUUGGGUGCCAAAAAUUAAUGCCCAUUAAAGUCGAGCAGCAAAUAAGAAUAAGAAAAACAAAGAAAAUAAUAUGUUGGUCUUGGAAACGACCAGAAAAAACAGUCCCUCUUAUGAAAUGGAUCUGGUAUCACUCCGUUCUCGACCAUUUGCAUCGGUACAGAACGUACCGGCUGUAUUCCACGACUCUUACAGGAGCCACAACUCAACGCGACCUGGAUGGCUGCAGAAGUAAUAACACCUCGGAGGUUGUUACUGCCCGUAAGUGCGGCCCACUCGGAAAUCAAUAUCAGCUCCAGAGGAACCAGAGACAUUUCUGUUGUAUUGAAAAGAAAAUAAUCCGCUGCUUGGCCGGGCUAACCGUGGUGUCUGAGGUAAAAACAAACAGAGAUAGGGAAAAGAAAUCCCCACUGCAGCCUCCUCGUCUGAACUCGUCUGCUGGAGCAACUCCGGAAAAAGAAAUUACUUUGAACACUUUUUAAUCCUACAACCUUUAACUCUCUACGUACAACACGAAGCACUUAGUGAAACUGGAGAUGCAAGGAUAAAACCUCAGCCCCAACCAGGACUUUAGUAGCUGGACUCUGGGUGCGGUUCAACUUAACAGCAAUACACACCUUCUCUUUUCUUGUUGUUUUUGAUUCUUUUCUUUGACAUGUUUGGUUAUCAUCGCCCCAUGCUGGGGUACUUAUCAUUGCACUGUAACGAAUACUGUAUAAAGUUUGUGAGGAGUGUAAAGUGAAUGAUUGUUCAGAGGCGUCGCAGGGCGGACCCGUGCAGUAGACGGCGUUCCCAUUCGCAAAAAACUUCCAUUUAAGCCCAAAUGGUUGGAUAAUUUAUCGCUGCUACGUGUGAUACCCAUAGUAGUAAUACCUGGUUUCUCUGCUUCUCUCCUGAACCGUUGUGAAAUUAGUUUUUUGGCACACCUGUUUUAUUUGUGCGACUAUUUGGACCUAAAAGAAACGUUAGGGGAGCAGCGGGACGGCCAACGUUCAGUCACAUGACAGGUUUCCUUAUGUGCAUGGUUAGGUUUAGGAAUAAGAUCUAGUUCGUUAGGGUUUGGA